GCAAAGCUCGUCUAACUUGUAAAGAGGAUGGUUUGCAGUUCGAAAUCAACACACUAUUUCCAUUUACCGGACAAAUUUUUGCUCGUGAUCAAAAACCCGCCGCUGAGUGUUAUUUCACGUUUCAUGAAGCAUCUUUAGUCAAAAUUACGAUGCCGUAUGCUGCAUGCGGUAUGCGAAAUAAUGAAGAGCAACGACCAGAAACUCAAUAUCACAUGCAAAUUAUUGUCAUUUUUCAACAAAAAGACAAUACAAGCACAAUGCAAUCAUUUUUAACUCAGUGUGUCCAUCAAAAAAUACAGUAUCAGAAGCAAGUAAUACCGAAACGUAUUGAAGAAGCAUUGGAAGAAUUACGCUUAAUACCGAUGAAAUUGGAGCAUAAGGCACAGAUUCCGGAAUGCAUGAUGCGAAUAGUUGCAGAAGAAGAACAUGGACAUGGUAAUGAUGGUGCUGAAAUAGAAAUUGUUAAUCUUGGUCAACCGAUGAGGAUCGAAUGGAGCUUAUCACCUGAAUCAGAUGCUUAUGGAUUUCAUGUACGAAACUGCACGGUACGAGAUACGGUUAGUAAUGAAGAACAUGUGGUGAUCGAUGAACGAGGUUGUUCAACGGAUAUCAACAUCUUCAGUCAUCCACAUUACGAUACCUAUCAUGAUAUAGCUCGAGUUCAUUGGCAUGCAUUCAAAGUGCCAGAUAUUAAUCAGCUAAGAAUCAAAUGCUUCAUAGAAAUAUGCACCGAUAUUCCGGAUACUAUAUCCGGUUUAACCAGUUGUGAUAGUAUUCCAUCUCCACCAUUUUGUCCGGAUUUGAUAACAUCACCAACAAAUGUCCUUCUGUCCGGUCAGGAAAUAGCAGUUAUCAGAAAACGACGAGAUAAUAAAUGGUUCCAGCAACACGUCCAUGCCGAUAUUUGUUUCGGUGACAACAAGGAUGAGUAUUGUAGUUCAGAGAAUUAUCGUAUUGAUCAUGAACGGUAUAUCAAUAUGUUCAAAGAUAAUUCAUCGAAACAAUAUUGUUUGUCACGUUUAUGGUUAAGUAUUUGGACGGGUUUAUCAGCAGUAACCGUAUUAUUGGCGAUUAGUAUACAUGGAUAUUGCCGUUAUUUUAGACAAAGACGAUAUGGAUCUAUUAAAUUAGCAACAAAUUCGAAGGUAGAAAAUAAGAGCACCAGAACAACAACAAUAAUAACAGUAAAAUGA